AUGGCUGAAAAAGAUUUAUAUCAUUUAAGUAAAAUUUUUUAUUAUUUUCGUGAACGAUAUUAUAAUCAAGCAUAUGUAGUAGCAAAUGAAGGUUUAAAACGUUUUGUUAAUGAUGGAAUACUUCAAUUUUAUUCAGCAUUAGCACAACUUAUGGAUGUACGAUUACACGAAUCAAUGCGUGAAUUGGAACAUUUACGUAAUAAACCUGAAUUAACAGUAGCAACUCUUCUAGCAUUAAUACAUGCUCAUAAACAACAUAAAACACCAGAUCGUGAAGCAAUUGCAGAAUGUGAAGUUAAAGUUAAAGAAUUACGUAAACAAGUAGAUGAUACGGCUCUAUUUUAUGCUGCUCAUACAUUAUAUAUUAUUGGUAAAGCUGAUAAAGCAACGGAAUAUAUUGAACGAGCAACUAAACAAAAUCCAACAAAUAUUUUUGCUAUAACUUUAAAAGGUUGGAUAUUAAUUGCUAAUGAUGUUGCUAAAGAAUCGAAACAAUAUUUUGAUGCUGCUUUAAAACUUGAAAGUAAUUUUCCUGAUGCUGCAUUUGGUUAUGCUAAAUAUCGUGAACUACGUUCAAAUUUUUCUCAAGCACUUGAAUAUGUUAAUCGUGUAUUAGCAACAAAAAGUGAUUAUUUACCAGCUGUAUUAGAAAAUAUGAAAUUACAAUUAUGUAUGCAAGAUUGGGAACAAUGUGAAGAUGUUGCUCAAAGAGCAUUUCGAAUUGAUUCAAAUUGUGUUGAAGCACAUAAAUAUCAUUAUCUUUAUUUAUUAUGUAAAGAAGGAAAUUAUACUGAAGCUCAACAAGCUUAUAGUCGACUUUUACAAGCAAUUGAUAUAUCUGAACCAAAAGGUGCUUGGCAAUAUUAUGAAAUUUCUCAAGUUGUUGCAAGAGUGUGUGGACGAAAUCCUCAAAUUCUUCAACAAAGUGAAUUACUUCUUCAACGUGCUCUAGAAAUUGAUUCAACAAAUGCAGAUUAUCUUAUCGAAGGUGGUUAUCAAGCAUUAAUGGCAAAUAAAAUGAAUGAAGCUAUUAAAUUCUAUAAAUCUGCAGCAAGAACACAAGCAGAAAAUAUGGCUGCUGUUUAUGGUAUUAUUCAUUGUCAAAUAUUGGAAGGAAAAUAUGCUGAAGCAAAACAACAAAUUGAAUUUCAACAUGAAGUUCAAAGUGGAAAUGCUGCAGAACUUGCCCAUCUAAGAGCUAUACUAGCUAAACAUGAAAAUGUUCUAACAUCAGAUCAAAUUGUACAAUUAUUUGAUGCAGCUGCUGAACAACAUUUUAAAAAUCUUCGAGGUUUACCAUUAGGUAAAAAAUAUUUACUUUGUUUAAAUCCAGAUUUUAUUCUUGAAGUUGUUCGUGAAUAUAUGAAUAAUACAACUUUAAAACCAAUUGAAUCUGGUCAAACACUUGAUCCAUCUCUUCGAAAAUCUAGUGGUAUUUUAGAACAAUUAACUAAAGCUGUACCAGGUUUACUUGAAGGUCUUUUUCUAUUGGCUAAAGUAAAAUAUUUAUCUGGUGAUACAAAUGAAGCUAAAAAUGUUCUUCGUCGUAUAAUUGAUCAAGAAGCAACAUAUUCUGAAGCAUAUAUUCUUCUAGCACAAGUCCAUACACGUGAAGGUAAUACACAUUUAGCAUAUGAAGCAUUAGAAAAUGGUUUAUCAUAUAAUUUUGAAUUAAAAACUCAUCCAAUAUAUCAUUUAAUACGUGCAAGAAUAUUAAAAAAAGAACAAAAAUAUGAAGAAGCUUGUAAAUUAUUACAAAGUGCACUUAAUUUACCUGGUGUUAAAAAACGUCAACAAACUGAAACAAUAAAAACACCACGAACAAAAUCUGAACAAAUGAUUUCAAGUGUACCUAUAUCAAUGCAAGAUCGUGUUAGUGUUUAUUUAGAAUUAGCUGAAACACAAUUAUUACUUAAUCGUGUACAUGAAGCAAGUAUAUUAUUACAAGAAGCAUCAACAGAAUUUCAAGGUACAAGUGAAGAAUCAAGAAUAUUAUUAACAAAUGUUGAUCUUGCUGUAAAACGUGGUGAUAUUAAUCAAGCUAUUGAAACUUUAAUACAAAUUAAACCUGAUCAAACAUAUUAUGUACAAUCAAGAGAAAAAUUAGCAGAAAUUUAUUUAAAACAUCGAAGAGAUAAAAAAUUAUAUAUUAAAACAUAUAGAGAAGUUGUUGAUAGAAAUCCAACACCACAAGCUUUAGUUAUUUUAGCUGAUGCUUAUAUGAGUAUUAUGGAGCCUGAAAACGCUAUUGAAAUUUAUGAUGCUGCACUUCGUCAAAAUAAUCGUGAUAUAACAUUAAUGAAAAAAAUUGGUGAAGCAUAUAUAAAAACUCAUGCAUAUACUAAAGCAAUUAAAUAUUAUGAAGCUAUUGUUAAAGCAGAACCACAAAGUGAACUAAGAAUUAAUCUUGCUGAUCUUCUAAGUAAAUUAAAUCAACAUGAUCAAGCACAACGAAUUCUUGAUCAAUUACUUAAAGAAGAAGUUCAAAAUACAAAUUUUCAACAUGCACAACAAAUAACAAGAGCAUAUGAAAUAUUUGCAAAUAUGUUUGAACAAUCAAAACAAUUUGAUGAAACAAAAAAAUAUUUAAUUCGAGCUAAAGAAAAUCAAAAAAAAUUACUUAAACGUAUACAACUUGAAGAAGGUGAUAUACAAAAAGAAAAUCAAAAAUUAUAUUGCAACAUUUGUUAUCGUUUGGCAACAAUAUAUUUUGAUGAACAUGACUAUGAAUCAGCUAUUAAAGAUUUAAAAGAAGCAAGUGCAAUUGAUGAUCGAAAUUUAAAAAUUCCAAUGAUGUUAGCUAAAGCUUAUUUAAAUUCAGAACAAUAUGAAUCAUGUGAACAAAUUUGUACAUAUAUGAAUAAAACAUUUCCAAAUGAUAAUUCAGUACAAAUUAUGAUGGCAAAUUAUUUAUUACGUAAAAAUGAAAUAGAAAAAGCUAUUCAACAAUAUAAAGAUAUUAUCGAACGAAAUCCAAAUAAUUUUGAUCCAUUUGUACAAAUGACAAAAUCACUUUAUCGAGCUGGACGUUUGGAUGAAAUAAGUGAUAUUUUAGAAAAAACAGAACAAAAUAAUUUAAGAGCACAUAAUGAUGCUGCUUUUAAUUUUGCUAAAGGUUUAUUAACUUAUUAUUUAUGUAAACCAAAUGAAGCUCUAUUUUGUUUUAAUAAAUGUCGUCGUGAUAAACAAUAUGGUCGUCAAGCUGUUUAUGCUAUGGUUAAGAUUGUUUUAAAUCCUGAAAAUGAAAUAAUCUCAAAUGAAGACGAUUGGAAACGAAAAUUACAAGGUCCUCGAUUCGAUGAAGUUAAAGCUUCUCAAGCAACAGCAUUUAAUUUACUUCAAAGUAUGGGUGAAGCAUCAAAUGAUAUUCGAUAUCGUGUAUUAGAAAAUUGGUGUUUGGGUCAUACAGGUGAAAAACAUAAUCUUGAACAAGCAACAGAAAAUCUUUCACAAAUUCUUAAUGAUCAUAAGGAUAAUGUUGGUGCCUUAUGUGCUAUAAGUGAAUGUUUAAUUGGAUUAAAAAAUAGUCAAAAAGCACGACAAUAUUUAAAAAAAGCAACAAAAUUAGUUUGGAAUAUGGAUGAUGCCGAUGAAAUUGAACAAUGUUGGUUAAUGCUUGCUAUGACAUAUGUUCAAGCAGCAAAAUAUGAUGAAGCACUUGAUUUAUGUAAAAAAGUUUUAAAUGUUAAUAAGUGUUCAACAAGAGCUUUAGAAAUUUUGGGCAUGAUGAAUGAACAAACAGGUUCACAUAAAGAUGCUGCAGAAAAUUAUGAACAAGCAUGGAAAUAUAGUAGAAAAAAUCAACCAUCAAUAGGUUAUAAAUUAGCAUUCAAUUAUCUCAAAUCAAAACGGCUUACAGAUGCUAUUGAUAUUGCACAUUUCAUUCUUCAACGAUAUCCAGAUAAUAUACGUGUUCGAAAAGAUAUCCUUGAAAAAGCACGUUUAAUGCUUAAAUAA